AUGGCUUCCUCAUCAAGCAGGAUGCUGGCGGCGGCGGCGCUGGCCGCGCUGUUCGUGGGCGCGAUGUGCGAGGCCCCCGUGACGUUCACGGUGGAGAAGGGCUCCGACGAGAAGAACCUGGCGCUGUCGAUCAAGUACAACAAGGAGGGCGACUCCAUGGCGGAGGUGGAGCUCAAGGAGCACGGCUCCAACGAGUGGCUGGCCCUGAAGAAGAACGGCGACGGCGUGUGGGAGAUCAAGAGCGACAAGCCGCUCAAGGGGCCAUUCAACUUCCGCUUCGUGUCCGAGAAGGGGAUGAGGAACGUGUUCGACGACGUGGUUCCGGCGGAAUUCAAGGUCGGCACCACCUACAAGCCCGAGGAGUAG